CUGGUUAGUUUUUGUCGGAGGGUUUAGAGUUGCAGAGAGGAGAGGAGAGGAGAGGAGAGGAAAUGGGUUACAAGAAUGACGUAUGCACGGAAUGUACUAAAAAAUGCUUGUUGAUCCAUGGAAAGAGAGAAUCUUCUCCUACGGUUACUUCGUUCUUCAAAGUCUUGGUUGGUGAUGGCUUCUCCGAAGUUCUGUUCAUCCCUCCUAAAUUUGCACGCACGGUUAGCUCCAUGCUUGGUCGAAAAACUUAUCUGGAAGACUCGAGUGGACAACGUUGGAGUGUCAAAGUAUCCACUAUUGAUGGCUCCUUAGCUUUUCGACAAGGGUGGGAUGAAUUUGCAUCAGAUCAUUUUCUGGAAAAUGGGCAGUUUUUAGUAUUCACUUACAUUAUUGGAUCACACUUUGUGGUUCAAAUAUAUGAUAAAAGUGGAUGUGAAAAGUUAAAUUUCUCUCAGAAACUGACGAGUGGCGGGAAAAAGGCUAAGCCUAAGCUUUGCUCUGAUCAUUUGCCUUCAGAUGGCAGAAAACCUGUUCCUAUGGAGGCUCAUUUUCCAAUGGUUGAUAGAGGUUAUAUGAAUGAGCAGGGCUCAAGUUCAACAGUACCUUCUUCAUCUAAUAUUGAAAUAAUUGACAGUGAUGAUAAAGAUGCUGAGAAGACAGUGAUGGCUGCUAAAUGCAAUUCUCUUUGUGAUAUUAGCCGAGAAAGACCUAAAUCCGAUGCAACAGUAGACUGCACAGAAGUUCCAUUCUACAUAAUCGAUAGAGACUUCACAACCGAACAAGAUGAAACCAGGACUGCCCUUUUUGAUUUGUCGAACUUUGAAAUAUUGAGAGACCAAUCUGGGGCCAAUCGAAUGGAGAAUGUGUCAGUUGCUGUUGGAAAGGAAACAUCUUCCUAUCGUCAGGGGGACCCAGAAAAACCUCAAGCCUCAGUUGGAGAAGGCACUGUACAUAAAGAUCCAGUGGCUGUUAAUGAAUCCUGUGGACAAGCUUCUUUUGAUGUAUCUGACUUGGAAGUGACUGAGAUGGAAUGCAGUGCUGAAGUUAUAGACAAAGUGCCCUCAAAAUUCAAAAAGGAUUCCUGUUGCCACCAUGCCUCUUUGCGACCCCAAAUUCCAUCUUCAGGGCAGCCUGAUGAAAAGAAGAGCGGGAACCCUGAUAUGUCCAAGAUUGUCUUUGGCCAAUAUCCUCUUGCUACGAGACGGAACAUCAAUGAUUUGGGAACCAAGUCAGUGGUUAAAGUCAAAAUGGAAGAAGCUCCCCUUAUCGGAAGCAGUGGAAGUGUUCCACAGAUUAUCACUAAAGUACCUGGGUGCUUUGGUGCUCCAGCUGCCUUGGAAGGAGAAAAGGGAACCAAGUCAGUGGUAAAAGUCAAAAUGGAAGAAGCUCCCCUUAUCGGAAGCAGUGGAAGUGUUCCACAGAUUAUCACUAAAGUACCUGGGUACUUUGGUGCUCCAGUUGCCUUGGAAGGAACCAAGUCAGUGGUAAAAAUCAAAAUGGAAGAAACUCCCCUUAUUGGAAGCAGUGGAAGUGUUCCGCAAAUUAUCACUAAAGUACCUGGGUGCUUUGGUGCUCCAGUUGCCUUGAAAGGAGAAAAGGGGAAAGGGCUGAAGGUAGUUAAGAAAGAGGAUGGAGGAAUGAUGAAGGAAGCCAAUGUGUGUUUGACAGGGAAGAUAUCCAAGACAAGUAAAGAAGAGUCUGGGGAGAAAUUUAGUCAUGGUUCCAAAGACAAGGGAAGCACUUACAUAUCUGUGAAAACAGAACCAAUGGAUUCAGAUGAUUUCUCAUCAUCCGAUUUGAUCGAUUUUUGCGAUUCAGUGACGGCAGUAACUCAGUCUUGGCUUGAGUUGCCAACAGUUUCAGUUUCGUGGAAGGGGAAGUUAAGAAUGGAUAGGAAGUUAGUGCUCCUUCGUGAUCCAGCCAUGAAAGUGUGGGCAGUCCUCUAUCACGAAAGACCUGGGUUCAGAGUCUUAACCAGCGGGUGGGAAGCUUUCGCCAAGGCAAACAACAUUCAACCAGGAGAUACAUGCAUUUUUGGAGUUGAAAGUCGAUCAGAAGGUCUAUUCCGUGUGAAUAUUGUCAGGAGAGGUUGACAUGUUAUAGAUUAUGAAGUCCCGCAUCGACAUGGUAGAGGGGGUUGUUAUCAGAUGAGCAUCCUAGCUAGGAUUCUGGGGGAUUAUUAUGGAGUUGGAUGCUGCAAUGGUGUUCAAAUGGCUGGUGAUGGACAAUAUUUGGUUUUUUCAUUUGAACAAUAUUGCUUUCUGAACAUUUGGUGAUUCAUAAGCCAAGUGCCUAGCUUGUUAGCAUGAUGGGGCUACCAUCAUGAAUGGUGUCAGUGGAGAAUGCAAAGAGAACUAUCUUGUAUGGAUGGCAGAACUAUUAGAAAAGGACUUUAUAUGUGUUUGUUGG